AUGCCGCUCGGUUUAGUCUUGUGGGCGCUGAUGGGGGCUUUGCUGGUGGGGGCGGCGCCCUCAAGGGCCCCCUCAAACCCGGCCCACUACGACCAGAAGCAAACGGGCGACUACAACAUACAUGUGCACUUGCAGGACUUCCAGAUCAUCGCCCUGUUGGGCGGCGACCCUUUUUCGGAGGAGGAGUUUGAGUACGACUAUGCCGACUUCACCAUCAAGCCCUCGACGACUACUGGCGCCCCCACGGGGGCGCCUCUCCAGACCGGCACCACGACAAAACCGCCCCUUGUCGAGCAGGGCAACUCAACUGCCGGGCAAAUCAAGGUGCAGAUCCUGGACCCUUUGGGCAUAGUGCCGGGGGAGGACGUGCACAGCCCCCCUAAUGGGGGGCUGAUUGGGGAGCUGUCCAGGUGCGGAGCGGGCUUCGCCCGCGACCAAUCCGGCCGCUGCCGGCGG